CUGUUCUGGAGAAAAAGUUAAUUUGACAAAUUCGAUUGUCACUCAUGUAUGACGAUUUAAAAUGCUGCACAUUUUCUUUCAGAAAUGUCAAAAGUCUUUCGCAAUGCGCAACGUAUAAACAUCUUUAUUCCUGAAUAAAAUCUUGACUCGAAAUUGCAACUUGUAAAUUGGAGAAUUUAUUGGAUAGAUUUUUUUAUUUAAAUUACCGUUCUGUAGUAUUUGAAAUCGUAAGAGGUGCUUUAUAAAUCGUAUUUUCGUGACAAAAACGUAUAUAAAUAAUUUAAUAAUGGAUAAAAUUUAUUGGUCACAUGAAAAUCUUGCUAUAUUAAUUAAUUUGUGGAAAAAUAAUCCAAAUUUAUAUGAUCUCAACCAUAAAGAUUAUCUUAAUAGAAAUCGGCGUGAGAAGUCUUUUUGUGCAAUUAAUAUGGAACUCAAAAAAAGAAUGCCUUAUCUUGACAUGGAAGAUUUACGAAAGAAAAUGCAAAAUUUACGUACACAAUAUACUAGAGAACAUCGUCUAGUUCAAAGAUCCAUACGAACUGAAUCAAGUACUCCUUACGUACCAAGAUUGUGGUAUUUUAAAAGGCUUUCUUUUUUAGAAUAUCAUCUUCGUAGUGCGGAUUCCAAUAUUGCAGAUGAUAUUGAUCGAGACAUAUUUUCGGAAUUUGUUGAUGUUAAUGCAAGUUCAACCGAACAUUUACCCAAACUUAAGUCAGAACAUGAAUCUUAUUACAGCGAGAAAAGAAAAGCAAUUCAAAUUGAAACACAACAUUUACAAACCCAUUUGGAUCAAUUAAAAGACCACAUAUGUGAAACUAAUAAAUCUAAGUUUGAGUGGGUCGGACAACAAGUCGUUUAUUAUAUGCGAAAACUUAAUGAUCCAAUACUUCAAGAAGAAACAUCCUGUCAAAUUCAAUUAGCGCUUAAAGAUUUUAUAACGAAAGAUCAGGAAUUAACAAAACAAAAAGAGAAAGUCUAUAACAUUUCACCAGAGCAUAGCUGGGAUGCAAAAAGUUCAGAAAGAUGUGAAACACCUAUUAGCAUUGAUGACUCGCUAGGUGAAUAUUUCUUAGAGUCAGAUGAGUUGGUAGAAUAAUAAAUUUUGUAUGUAUAUAUUUAAAUUUUGAGG